CACGCAGGCUGCAUCGAAACUCCUACGGGAUUGAAAAAUUAGAAAAAUUUGAGAUAAAGAAACAAAGUCGUAACCUUUUUCUUUUCCCUCUCGUACUCAUACGCGGAUUCGGCACAUUUUUUUUUCAAUUUUUUUUUUAAUUCUCUCUCUCAAUUUCAAUCUCAUCGCUUCUUCAUAACCCUUUGAACAUUCAACUCCCCACCCAACACCAUCACCAACUGUUUCAUACUCUUUCUUUCUCUCUUGCGUGUGGCGUUUGGAAAGCAAGAAUUUUUUUCCCUGGAAAAUUUAUUCUCUGCCACCCCAGAUCUGAAACUUGUGCAAGUCCUCGCCUUUCUCCAUUAAAGCUUCUGGGUUUCCGAAGUUAUCAUCUGGGCAUUAAAAAAAUAACACGUUUUGGGCUUCCUCGUGGACUUGGAAACCCUAGGAUUUCCCGUAUGGCUUCAGGGGCAAUUUUUUCGUCGCUCCGGCGGAGAAGGUCGCCGACGUUGGAAGCGUUUCUGGCCCCCGUUGACUUGAGCGACGUCGCUUUGGUUCAGACCCUUGUCACGGUGGCGAGCGAGAUUGUGUCGUGUUUCUCGAAGCGUUGUUUCUUCUUCCAGCGCAAGAACUCGCGGUCUCUGAUCCGAAGAGUGGAGGUUUUUCAGCUGCUUUUGGAGUAUUUGAGCGAUUCCGAUUCUGGCUCGUGUCUUCCCCCAACGGCGGUGCUUUGUCUCAAGGAGCUUUACCUCUUGCUGUACCGCUCCAAGAUUCUCCUCGAUUACUGCGCCCAAUCGAGUAAGUUGUGGCUCUUGCUUCAGAACCAUUCCAUCUCUGGUCACUUCCACGAUUUGAACCAAGAAAUUUCGACCCUUUUGGAUGUUUUUCCUGUUAAGGAUGUCGGGUUGAGUAAGGAUGUUAGGGAACAGGUUGAGCUCUUGCAGAAACAGUCCAGGAGGGCUAGGCUUUUUAUAGAUAUGAAUGAUGAUGCUCUUAGGAUCCGGUUUUUCUCCUUUCUUGACGAGUUUGAGAAUGGAAGGAUUCCUGAUUCUACUGAAUUGAGGUCUUUUUAUGUUGAGAAGUUGCAGAUUCCGGAUGCUGCUAGUUGUAGGAGUGAAAUUGAGGCCUUGGAGGAGCAGAUUGUAAAUCAUGAGGGUGACAUUGAGCCUACUAUUUCUGUGCUUAAUGGAUUGGUGGCUAUGACUAGGUAUUGCAGGUUUUUGCUCUUUGGAUUUGAGGAGGAUGAGCUUAGUUUGGAGAAUGGGACUAAGAAGAAGUCUAGAAGGAGGUUGAUUACUCAGGAAAUUGCUGAAACGUUUUUGACUGUUCCUAAGGACUUUUGCUGUCCAAUUUCGUUGGAUUUGAUGAGAGACCCGGUGAUAAUUUCCACGGGUCAAACUUAUGAUAGGAGUUCCAUUUCCAGGUGGAUGGAAGAAGGGCAUACCACUUGCCCCAAAACAGGCCAAAUGCUUGCUAACACUCGCCUUGUUCCCAACCGGGCUCUCAGGAAUUUGAUUGUGCAGUGGUGCACUGCACAUGGAGUACCCCUUGACCCUCCGGAGGUCAUGGAUGUCAUGAUGGCUGAUGCUUUUGCCUCGGCAUCUCCCACCAAAGCUGCCCUUGAAGCCAACAGAGCCACCGCCACGCUUCUCAUUCAACAGCUCGCUCAUGGCUCUCAAUCUGGGAAGACUGUGGCCGCUCGGGAGAUUCGGUUGCUUGCCAAGACUGGAAAGGAAAACCGCGCCUUCAUUGCAGAAGCAGGGGCCAUUCCUUAUCUCCGGAAUUUACUUUCAUCGCCUGAUGCUGUUGCUCAGGAGAAUUCUGUGACUGCACUGCUCAAUUUGUCCAUAUAUGACAAGAACAAAAGCAGGAUAAUGGAUGAGGAUGGUUGUCUUGGAUCAAUUGUUGAUGUGUUGAGAUUUGGACACACCACAGAGGCACGGGAGAAUGCUGCUGCCACGUUGUUCAGUCUAUCCGCAGUCCAUGACUACAAGAAAAUAAUUGCAGAUGAGACCGGAGCGGUUGAGGCCCUUGCAGGGAUGUUGCAAGAGGGGACUCCAAGGGGAAAGAAAGAUGCUGUCACAGCUUUGUUCAAUCUUUCCACACACACUGAGAAUUGUGUUAGAAUGAUAGAGGCUGGGGCAGUGACAGCUCUGGUUGGUGCUUUGGGGAACGAAGGAGUGGCCGAAGAAGCAGCCGGUGCGCUGGCCUUGAUUGUCCGGCAGCCUGCUGGGGCCAAAGCAGUUGUGAAUGAGGAAGCAGCGGUGGCUGGAUUAAUUGGAAUGAUGCGUUGUGGAACACCGAGAGGUAAAGAAAACGCGGUUGCAGCGUUGCUUGAGUUGUGCCGUAGUGGAGGUGCAGCUGCAACCGAAAGAGUUGUGAAGGCGCCAGCUUUGGCUGGAUUACUUCAAACCCUUCUUUUUACAGGAACAAAGCGUGCAAGAAGAAAAGCAGCUUCACUUGCAAGAGUGUUUCAGAGAUGUGAGAAUGCAUCUCUACAUUAUGGUGGAUUAGGUGUAGGCUAUGCGUUUGCUAGCAAUUCAACUACAACUAGGGAUACCAGCUUUGCCGGUGAUGUUUCAGUACCAAUGUCAAUUUCUGUUUUAUAGUGGUAAUACUUUUGUGUUUACUCAGUUCCCAAUUUUUGUUGUAAGUCUUUACUGAUUCUUUCAUUGAAAUUUUAAGUCAUAAGAAAUUAUAGCAAUGUCAUAUGUAUAAUGUAUUCCAAGAGAUUCACGAGCCUUGUUGAGCCGUUAACGAUGCAAUAGAGAAUGCUCAACAAAAGAGACAGACCAUUUCUGGUAUCAUAUUUGUAAUUUGUUUCCUGCCCUUCUCUUUUCUCAAUUUGUCUAGUUAUUUUUCAUAACACGCACAUAUGUGGAAUCGUAUCAUAAUAUGUAAAUGGGGAUAUUUUUGCCUGGUCACGUUACCA